AUGGAUAAAGAUAUAGGUAUCUACCACCUGCUCACCUGCUGCUGUCUCGUCAGUUCUUCAGGACUUGCAGAGGAAUGGAAGCCAGGUGGCCGUUGGUGGGGAGGUUUGGCCCAGUCUGCUCAGCCUCACCGUGCCAGGAGCUCCGGCAGUGACCUGUCCCUGUCUCCAGCGGCUGCAGCGAGUCUAGCUCUUUCUGGCUGCUCACACCUGGGCCUGAGCGAAGAGAUUGCAAAGUCUAAACACUACAGCCUGGCGAGAAAGCCGACGAUCUGCAGACUUGAACAGCAGUUUUUCGAGCGCUUUCGGAGAGCCCGUUGUCGGAGGAAGAGGCCGGAGAGACAGAGCACAUCACACUCUUGA